AAGACCUGCAUUCUCGUUUUCGCGCUCUUCUUCCAUCUUUUGUAUUCUUAGCUGCAGAAAUUUCACCAGAUUCUCUGAAAUCGAUUAUCUUCCUCUCUCAAAGAACCCCUUUUCUUCUCUUUGGAAAUCUCCUCUUCUUCUGCUAGAACAGGCCACCCCUGUUUUGCAUCCUUUCCUGCCUUUUCUACUCCAAGAAAAUCUCUGUUUUAUACUCUGAGAUCGGAUUCUGCAAUGGCAAGCCAAUCUAAGAAGACCCAAGGAUCGAUUCACGACUUCACCGUCAAGGAUGCAAGAGGAAACGAUGUGGAUCUUAGCACUUUCAAGGGAAAGGUCCUCUUGAUUGUGAAUGUUGCAUCUCAAUGUGGGUUGACCAACUCAAAUUACACGGAGCUUAAUCAAUUAUACGAUAAGUACAAAAAUCAAGAUUUUGAAGUAUUGGCAUUCCCAUGCAAUCAGUUUGGUUCAGAGGAGCCAGGAGACAACGAGCAGAUCUUGGAUUUUGUUUGCACCCGCUUCAAAGCCGAAUUCCCCAUAUUCGACAAGGUUGAUGUAAAUGGGGACAAUGCAGCUCCUGUGUACAAGUUCUUAAAGUCAAGCAAAGGCGGUCUCUUCGGAGACAGCAUCAAGUGGAACUUCACCAAGUUUCUCGUGGACAAGGACGGACAUGUGGUGGACCGCUACGCUCCCACAACUUCCCCUCUCAGCAUUGAGAAGGACAUGAAGAAACAAUUGGGAGUUUCUUAGAAGAGUCAUGUAAAAGCAGUUACAAUAGUAAUUUGUUCCUCUUAUGAGGGAUGUGAUGAUGCUCUCUUUCUUAUAAUUACUUUUGAAUGAUACAUAUGUAAUUUUCUGCUUGAGGGGAUGUAUGUUUGUAGUAUUUCUUCCUUUGUAGGGACUGAUAACCCUCUUUUUCUUGUAAUUACUUUUAAAUGAUAUAUAGGUAGUUUUCUACUUGA